CGUCAUGCAAGUAUGCAACGGAAGUGUUGAAAAAGAGAGAGAGAGCGAUCGAGACCGAUUGAGAGAGAGUAAGACAGGGCGAACGUAGCAUGAAGCAACUAGCGAUGGAGUGAAAGUAGGGAGCAAGCAAGUGAGAAAGAUCGAGAGAAAAAGUGAGAUAGAGCGAUUGUCGUAUCACGCACAGUGCCAUGGAGCGAGAGGUGGGAGAGAGCUAUAGUGAGAAAGAUUGAACGAGAGAGAGAAUAAGGGAUAUUGAGAAAUAAUACAUGCUAUACUGGUUUGUGUAUUCGUUUACUAGUUAAUUAUUAGAACUUUAGAUGGCAAAUCUGUCGCAUAACGUCAUUUGCAGUAAACGCAGAUUUUUCAUCUAUUUACAAUAUUAUUAGCACUUAUGCAGUGUAUAAACAGUGAGUUAAAUUUAUAAAUAAACUUUAUGAAUAAUAUUUUGUGAUAAAUUUUAAAGUCGUCCUAUACUAAGCAGUUACUCGAAAUCGCAAUGCCAAAAAUUGUGGUGCGAGAAUGUGAAACAAUUAAAAAUAAAAUAUCUGUUAGACGGCCAGGUAAAACAUCAACAGAACGUUCACGUGAAUUUAGAGAGCGGAAAAAGGCUUUAAAAAAUGCAGCUAGCCAAGAGUUGAAUAUCUCAUCGUCCAUCAUUACAAAAACUAAACCAAAAACUCCAGCAGAGCGUAGUCGUGACUACAGAGUUCGAAAAAGACAAAAAUAUGAAGAAAAUCAAGAGUCAAAUUAUUUGACGCGAAUCACUGUUGAAGUUGAAGUACAUCAAGAACAAGAAAAUUCUCAACCUUCGACUUCGACUUUACCAAUUGAAAAAAAUAAAACUUCAAGAGAACGUGUUCGUGAGUUUAGAGCAAGAAAAAAAUCAUUGACAAACCUUUCAGAAAACAUUAUUGAAGAUUUUCAAACAUCAUCAAAUAUUAUUAAUGCUAAUAAUAAUAAUAAUAAUAACAAUAAUAACAAUAAUGGUGAUAAUAAUAAUAUUAAUAAUAAUAAUAUCGAUGAUGAAAGUCAUAAUGUCAAUAUUAGAAAUAAUACGAGACGUAUUCAAGAUAAUGAUUUACGUGUACCUUAUUCUACUUUUCACAGGCAUCAAAAUGCUCACAAGGAAUUUAAGGAAAAAUUCCCUGUCCCGGAAUUUAAGGAAAAAAAACACAUGUCUUAACGCAUUAAACAAAAAUAACAUUCCAGUAAUGGCUGUAUAUAAUGGGUUCAAAUAUCCACAAACUAAAUUUAUAAUUUAUAGUAA